GAACAUACCUUUAGUAUAAUAAAUCACUUUAAAAUCAUUUAAGUAACGGUUCCAAAAGUAUUGUCCAUCCCUGACUGUGACCAGUGCUGCCCAUCAUUCAUACCGGCUUUUGUUUUAUCCUUUUUGCAACUGAAAAUGAGCCUGACCAAGCGACUCCUCCACAUUUAUCCUCGUUGCAGUUUCGCCAAGAGGUCGCAUCCCUCGGCGGAUCGCAAUUCGCAACCUAUUUCGGAAGCCAUACUUUCCCAAAUAGACAGGAGCACCCCGAAUUUGCAACUUUUAGAAAUCGCUUCUGGUUCAGGACAACAUGCUGGAUUCCUGGCACCCCUGCUGCCCAACAUAACCUUCCAGCCGACGGAGUACGAAAGGGAUCAGUUUGGGUCGAUUUCAGCCUAUGCGAAAGAUUGUCCCACCGGGAAUAUUAGAAGCCCCUUUCAUGUGGAUAUCACCCAAGAUCCAAAGGACUGGGAGGCUCCUCCAUCGCCUGCCAGCUACGACUACAUGUUUAAUUCCAACAUGAUGCACAUCAGUCCGUGGGCCUGCUCCAUAGGACUUUUCCGAACUGCCGGACAGCUGCUAAAGAAAGGAGGAAGGUUGUUCACUUAUGGUCCAUAUGCCCAGGAUGGAGUCCUCGCUCCCCAGAGUAAUGUGGACUUCGACAGAAGCUUGCGUCAGCGGGACGCCUCCUGGGGCGUUCGCGACAUUAAGGAUCUGAAGGUCUUGGCGACCGAAAACGGACUGCAGCUGGAGAAACUCUUGGAGAUGCCGUCAAACAAUAAGUUUCUGACCUGGCUCAAGCUAUAAAAUAGUGCACUAGACUAAGGCUAUUAGACGAGAUUACCCCUCUUAGAUAACGUCUUUUAUUUGGCGACAAUAAAAUUUAUUGCCCAUGGA